GCCUCGAACCUCGUCCCUGCCCCCCGGGAAUCUCCUCCCCGCUCCCAGGAGCUCCGGCAUGAGUCAGGCGGCGCCGGGCGCUGCGCUGCGGCCGGGACAGAGGGACAGCCCCCAGGCUGACAGCAUCAGGAGACCAUGAACUGGGGGGUGUUCGAAGGGCUCCUCAGUGGGGUCAACAAAUACUCCACAGCCUUCGGCCGCAUCUGGCUCUCCGUGGUCUUCAUCUUCCGCCUCCUGGUGUACGUGGUGGCGGCCGAGCGCGUCUGGAGCGACGACCACAAGGACUUUGACUGCAACACGCUGCAGCCGGGCUGCGGCAACGUCUGCUUCGACCACUUCUUCCCCGUGUCCCACAUCCGCCUCUGGGCCCUGCAGCUCAUCCUGGUGACCUGCCCGUCCCUGCUGGUCAUCAUGCACGUGGCCUACCGGGAGGCCAAGGAGCAGAGGCUCCGCGCUGCCGGCGGGGACGGCGCCCGCUGCAUCUACACCAACCCCGGCAAGAAGCGAGGGGGGUUGUGGUGGACUUACCUGCUCAGCCUCCUCUUCAAGGCUGGGGUGGACGUCAUCUUCCUCUACAUCUUCUACCACAUCUACAGGAACUACACCCUGCCCAGGGUGGUGAAAUGCGAGCUGCCUCCCUGCCCCAACGUGGUUGAUUGCUUCAUCUCCAAGACUACAGAGAAGAACAUCUUCACACUGUUCAUGGUGGUCACAGCCUGUGUGUGUGUGGUGCUGAGCCUCCUGGAGGCCGUUUACCUGGUUGGGAAGCGGUGCUGCGAGUGCCUGGAGCCCAGUGAUGGGGAGAGGUCCCAGCACGGCCCUGACUGUGCUCUGCCCUGUGCUGAGCCCCCUGACACAGCAGGGCAGGUUUUCCACGGGGCAGAAUACAAACCCCCCACUGCCUCCAUCCCCCCCACAGCCCCCAACCCUGUCACUCUGCCUGAGGAGGAGGCUCUUCCCUAGAGAUGCCUGGAGGAAGGCAGGAGCCACCUGCUUCCCUGCACCUUCGUCCCCCUCCCGCUCUUCCUCCUCCAUCCUGGAGCUGGGCUGUGUCCAAGGGCUCUCUGCCUCUCUCAUCUUUGGGAGAAGGUGUGUUACACGGUUCUGCUGCAUUUUGGAGGCUGUGGGACACGUGUGGUCCCUGAGAGCCAAGAGGGACAAGCGGCUCCGUGGCAGCUCCGAGGCAGCAGCGGUGCCCAGACAUUGAGUCCGUCCC